UCGAGCAGCGGCGCUCACUCAGCGCUCCAACCCGAGCCGAGAACCAGCAACGCGGACCAUCCGCGCUCACUCUGCGGCUUGUUCACCUCAUAGAUACCGCCAGCUGGAGCGACCGGGCACGCUGAAUUUGAGAAGCCGCCGUUUCUCUCUGAAACAGAAGCCGAAACUGCGCCAAGAGGAAAAUUCAAGCAGCUUGUUUUGAGGUAUCGCCGCCACUGCCGUCUCAGGCUGGCUGGGAGACCCUCGUUCUUCGCCGGGACUCGGCUAGCUAUCAGGCAUCCAAACCCCCCUCCUCUCACACUUAUCAGGAGGCUGCGGGGAGACACUUUUACAAUUCUCUAGAAUACAACGAAUGAUAACGACAGACCGGGUAACGGUGCUCUCGAACAUCCGUUAUUCACGGAAGGCUCUCAGACUGGGCUUUUUCUGGCCAAGUGAAGAGACAUUUUUUGCUCGGCAGUAACGUUACCGCUGUCGAGCUUGUCACAGAGGGGGAGGAGGAGGUCGAAAGAAAACGGAAUGCGACUUUUUCGACAUUCGUGAGGUUUCUGACCAGAAAAGACGUUCACAUUUCCAAGGCAUCACAGUAAAGGAGGCAUGUGUGAGUAACAGGCAUCAGCAGUGGGAUCUCGAGCUCCACAGGACCAGAGACCCCUUCAGUUCAGACACACUGACUUCAGCCCACAGGUGUGAAGAUGAGGAAGUUCGCGUACUGUAAGGUAGUGCUGGCUACCUCUCUGGUGUGGGUGAUGCUGGACAUGUUCAUCCUCCUUUACUUCAGCGAGUGCAACAAGUGUGAUGACAAGAAAGAGAGGGGGCUCCCGGGGAGAGACGAGGUGGUCCAGAGGCCUCACGAUGGGCCAGGAGAAAUGGGGAAACCAGUGAUCAUUCCUAAAGAGCACCAGGAGAAGAUGAAGGAGAUGUUUAAGAUCAACCAGUUCAACCUGAUGGCCAGUGAGAUGAUCGCACUCAACCGGACACUGCCUGAUGUCCGUCUCGAAGGGUGUAAGACAAAAGUGUAUCCAGACGAUCUUCCCCGGACGAGCGUGGUGAUUGUGUUCCAUAACGAAGCGUGGACUACGCUACUGCGCACCGUCCACAGUGUCAUCAACAGAUCCCCACGACACCUGCUGGAAGAAGUGGUGCUGGUGGAUGACGCCAGUGAGAGAGACUUCCUGAAGCGGCAGUUGGAGCAGUAUGUACGGAAGUUGGAGGUACCCGUGCGGAUUGUGCGGAUGGAGCAGCGCUCCGGUCUAAUUCGUGCUCGCCUGAAGGGGGCGUCCCUCUCCACUGGUCAGGUCAUCACAUUCCUGGACGCUCACUGCGAGUGCACUGUGGGCUGGCUGGAACCGUUACUCGCUCGCAUUAAACAAGACAAAAAAACAGUGGUGUGCCCCAUUAUUGAUGUGAUCAGCGAUGACACAUUUGAAUACAUGGCGGGUUCCGAUAUGACAUACGGAGGCUUUAACUGGAAACUGAACUUCCGCUGGUAUCCUGUGCCCCAGAGAGAGAUGGACCGCAGGAAAGGAGACAGAACGCUGCCCGUCAGGACUCCUACAAUGGCGGGUGGACUGUUCUCCAUAGACAGAGAUUACUUCCAGGAGAUCGGUACAUAUGAUGCAGGAAUGGACAUCUGGGGUGGAGAGAACCUGGAGAUUUCCUUUAGGAUUUGGCAGUGUGGCGGGACGUUAGAGAUAGUCACAUGUUCUCACGUUGGUCACGUGUUCCGUAAAGCCACGCCAUACACAUUCCCCGGUGGGACGGGACAGAUCAUCAACAAAAACAACAGACGUCUGGCAGAAGUCUGGAUGGACGAGUUCAAGAACUUCUUUUACAUCAUCUCUCCUGGUGUGACGAAAGUGGACUACGGGGAUAUCUCCUCCAGGACAGCUCUGAGACAGAUGCUGCAGUGUAAACCUUUCUCGUGGUACCUGGAGAACGUCUAUCCUGACUCUCAGAUCCCACGCCACUACUACUCCCUAGGAGAGAUUCGUAAUGUGGAGACUAACCAGUGCCUGGACAACAUGGCAAGAAAAGAGAAUGAGAAAGUGGGAAUAUUUAACUGCCAUGGCAUGGGAGGCAACCAGGUUUUCUCCUACACUGCCAAUAAGGAGAUCCGGACAGAUGACCUCUGCCUGGAUGUGUCUAAACUCAAUGGGCCAGUCAUGAUGCUCAAGUGCCAUCAUCUGAAAGGCAACCAGCUCUGGGAGUACGAUCCUUUGAAAUUGAGUCUGGUGCAUGUGAACAGUAAUCAGUGUUUGGAUAAAGCGUCAGAGGACGACAGUCAGGUGCCCAGUGUCAGAGACUGCACGGGCAGCCGCUCCCAGCAGUGGCUGCUCCGCAACGUCACACUGCCUGAAAUCUUCUGAGCACACACACAAGUGGACCCAUGGAGAGGCGGACGGACAGACAGGCUCUCAACAACGCUGCUGGUGGAGAGACUGAAAGAGAGAGAGGGAGAGAGAGCCUGCAGAUCACCCCUGUACUCCUCUUUUACUUCCUGGAGGUGUGCUUUGCAGGAGGAGCCAAAAUAACACGUACAUAUGUAAAUGAAUCUCCCCAUCAACUCCACUUUACUGAGACGAGGAACGAGAUGGAGAGAUAAAGAGAGAAAGAGAUUCUGUCUUCUUUGCAGAAAGCUUGAUGCCCUUGUCUUCCCUGGGGGAGAGGAGGGUUUUUCAGUAAUGUUUACAAGGUUGCCUCCCUUUUAGAAUAUCAGAUUGUGUGCAUGUGUAUGUGUGUUAGAGAGUGCGUGAAUGUGUUGGAUUACACAGAAGAGUUUUGUGUUUUUUUUUUUAUUUAAUUCUUUUUGGACAAAAUUAGUAUUUGGACAUAAAAGUAGUGACCACAUUCAGCGGAAACUCACAUUGGUGUGUAUGUGUGUGUGUGUGCGUGCGUGUGUGUACGCCGCCUAUCAGGAUUGGAUCUCCAUGCAUCUGUGGACGUUUUAGUGAUCUGCUCUCUGAUUGGCCCAGUUUAGGAGCAUGGGCUCCCCCUGCUGGCCAUUGGUCAGUCUCAUCUAUCCAUAAAGCUUGGAAAGAACAGCCUGCCCAAAGAAAAGCAUCAGUUCAUAUCAGUAAUCAGUGAACAGGGUUGAGUGUUUUAGGUCAUCAGUGAACUCAAAUUACGAUUCAUAUCUUAAAUUUUUAAGUAGAUCUUUUUAUGGUAAGGAAAAAAAAACUUUGUUUUUAUAUAAUUUUUGAGUGCCACAAGCAGGUACCUUCAGUUUCAAAAUAUAUGUAUCAUCACUGUCCUAAGAAAACCUUGUAUCUCUGAAAACAGUAACUUUGCAGUAGAAGGACAAAAAACGAUAAUAUGUGUUAAUGUAUUAAGAUUUGUUGCCAGUUUUGGACCGUUCCUAUUGGCCCAUUCAUCAUAAAAUGUUUAAACAGUAUAAAGGGCAGCUGCUGUUUUCAAAUGGUGUAAAAAAAAUCAUAAAAAAUAAAAAUAGGAUUGCAAGGUUAUUAUAAGACAGCAACAAUACAGUUGCUGUCACAUUAAAAUCUUGUACGUCUUGGACAAAACGGUUUAAACUUGUACAUUUUUUACAAAGCAACUCCAUGUAAGGGCAGCUGGCAUUUUCAAACCAGAAAAAAUGCAGUAAUGAAGUUUUGAU